AUGUCUCUCUCUUCCUCCGUUGCACGUGUGUUGUCCUCUUCCACCGCCGUGAAGCAAAACCACCUAAAACGCAAACGCAACGAUGAUAUCACUCAAGAUAAAGCUGUACAUGUGGCUAUGCAUAAAGAUGAUGACGAGCGUGAACAUACCGAGCCGUCUCCUCCGUCUUGGGGGGUUCUAGACGUUCUUGGCUAUUACAUGGAGCCGGAGACUCUCUGCGUCGCCUCUUGCGUCUCAACCGAGUGGUUAAACUGUUUUUCCUCGGAGGAUCUAUGGAAGUAUAUCAUGAUCGCACGGUCCGCACAACCCUCUUCUCCCUAUAAGUUUGCCUUGGAAAACACGGAAAACAUCUCGUACAAACACCUUGUCUCCACCGUCGAAAGAGAUGCGAAACGCCGCCGCAAAGAUAAACCGGCGGAACUCAAGAUAUCACUCUCGGAUCUCAGCUUCAUCGUCCACGUGUCCACUGCAACAAAGGAAGCAUCGGUUCUUAUAAAGGGGAAAGAUCUCGAGUUUGGCCCUAAUGAUAAGUUCCAUAUCGAAGCCGACGUAAGCAACUCCGGGAUCGUUGUCGGUGAGAAGGACGUGAGGAUGACGUGGCAAGUCGUGUUCAAAAGUAGUUGGGCAAACUUCUCCACGUUGGUGGAUACUACAAGAUCAUUGGACACAAGUUACGGAUGGUUCACCGACGAACUCCAGGACAAAGAUAACCGCAAGCUUGUAGGCGAUGUCAAGCCGAGUUUUAACGGCGAUGUUCUCCACAAGAUUGGAUUUGCGAUGAUGGACUCAGACGGCUGGGGAUCUCUGUUAGUUGACGGGUUCUUGAGAUAUCUUCAGAGGUUUUUGUUGGAAUAG